AUGAUCCAAUUGUCAACUCCUCAUUCCCCCCACCAACACUCCCUCUCCCCUUUUCCCACUUCCCCACGCCACGCCAGCACCCGCGCGCCAUAUCGCGGGCCUACCCCGCUACAAGCCUCGCACGCUCGCGGCUCGCUCUUCCGUCCCUCGCCGGCGCUGCCGCUUGCCACGCCUCCCUGUGCGCGCGCGGGCAAUCCGCAAUCGGGCACCUCCGCCUCCGCCGCCGCUUCCGCGUCCGCAUCUGCGGCGUCGUCUGCUGCUGCUGCAUCUUCUUCGAACGGCGCAUCGACGCUCGUCAAGGGCGCCGCGGUGAGGUCUUCUCGCCUUGAUCCUCUCCUCGUGCAUCCGAACCAGUUUCAAGCAGCUCCGCUUUCGCGGACGGCGAACCGCCUUCCGCGCCCUCCGAGAAUGCAAUCAUCGGCGCGUCCUCCGCGGAUGCCCCGCGCUCGCUGCGCUCGUCGUCGCCCACCCGCGAGCCGCGCGCGUCCAGGCCUCAUCGAGCGCUGCUUCGGCCCGGGAACCGCGCCGUCCGUCGCGGAAGCCGCCAGCAGCCUCCUCGUGCCCCUGGCGGAGCACGCCGUGUCCAAUUGGGCGCUUCCGAGCGGCACGAGCGGCGGGCGCAGCGGGUCGGAGGCGCGCGUGCGGAGGGCGAAGCGUGAGGCGCAGAAUCUGGAGGAGGAGAAGCUGCGCGAGGAGCGGCGGAGGGAGUUAAGCGCGCUGGUGGAGCAGCUGGAAGCGAUUCGGGAGCACGCGAUGGAGCUGGAGAUGUGCAACCAGCACCACCUCGACCUCUCCUCGCCGUACGCUGCUGCUCCCCGCCCCCCACUCCCCGCUCCCUGCUUCGUACGAUGGAGCUGGAGAUGUGCAACCAGCAUCCCCUCUCCUCCUCGAGUCCUUCUCCCCACACCCACCGCCCCACUUAAACCCCUCCCGCCCCCCCCCUCCCCCCACCUCUCCCCGCAAUCCCCCCCUCCCCCGGUUUCCCCCCCCCAGGCGGUACCGCGAGUCGGCUCGCAACCUGCUGCACUACAUGGCGCUGCGCAACAUGGACGUGCGGCACCUGCAGCAGGCGCUCGCGAACCUGGGGCUGUCGUCGCUGGGCGCACCGAGGCGCACACGCUCGCGUCCAUCCACGCUGUCACGCGCGUCGUGCGCUCCAUGCUGCGCGAGCUCUCGCCCAAUGACACGUCGUCGUCCUCCGCUUCUGCUUCCGCCUCCGCCUCCUCCACCUCCUCUCCCGCGCCCGCGUCGACGUCUAUCAAGUCCAGAGCCAAUUCCAGGAACCUGCAACGGACGUGCUCUCCGCCAGUCUUGGACUUCGCGGACGGCGACAGGCAGCUGCAGCGCAACACCGUCGACCUGCUCGGCGCGCAUCCGCCCCACCGCAAGACGUUCAUCAUGGUCACGCUGCCCGUGGAGGCCGCCGCGGACAGGGCGCUGGUGGCGGAGCUGCUGCGCGCGGGCAUGAACGUGGCGCGCGUGAACUGCGCGCAUGACGAUCCCGUGGUGUGGGGGCGGAUCAUGGCGAAUGUCAGGAAGCUCUCCGCGCAGCUCGGCCGCCCCUGCAGGUUUGUGAGGGGUGGGAGGGGUGUGAGGGGGUGUGAGGGGGUGGGAGGGGUGGGAGGCGUGGGAGGGUUGGUGCUCAUGGACCUAGCAGGGCCGAAGCUGAGAACAGGGUGCUCAUGGACCUAG